AGCCAGACCAAAGCUCAGAGGAUGUAUCAGAAACCCGAACACAGCUGUGUGUCCUUAAAAAGUGACAUGUCAAAGGAUUUUAAUCCCUAUUUUAAAGAAAGUACUCCUGCUGCAGAAAGAGUGGACCAUGAGAGUUCAAAGGUUCCCAGUGGUCAACCUGCCAAGCAGCAUCAAGCACAUUUGGACUCUGUAUUUAUGCUGCUGGAGGACAACAUCAUGACUUUUGUGAAGAAUGAGCUGAAGAAGAUCCAGAAGACUCUAAGUUCAGGUUACCCAGAAUGCUUAGGGAGCCAGAAAGAGGAUGAGGUCUUAGAGGAUGAAGAUAAAGAGGGGACCAGGAACAGCAGACAAGCAUUUGUGAAAAUAACGCUGCACUUCCUGAGGAAACUGAAGCAGAAGGAACUGGCUGAAUUUCUGGAGAGCAGAAUAUUUGCUCCAGAUCUUCAACACGAACUCAAAUCUUCGCUGAAGGAGAAGUUCAAGUGUGUGUUUGAGGGGGUUGCUAAAGCAGGAAACCCAAUCAAUCUGAAUCAGAUCUACACAGAGCUCUACAUCACAGAGGGAGGGACUGCAGAGGUAAAUGAUGAACAUGAGGUCAGACAGAUUGAAAUAGCAUCCAGGAAACCAGACAGACCAGAAACAAGAAUCAAACAAGAAGACAUCUUUAAAGCCUCACCUGGAAGACAUGAACCAAUCAGAAGAGUACUGACAAAAGGAGUGGCUGGCAUUGGGAAAACAGUCUUAACACAGAAGUUCACUCUGGACUGGGCUGAAGACAAAGCCAACCAGGACAUCCAGUUCAUAUUUCCAUUCACUUUCAGAGAGCUGAAUGUACUGAAAGAGAAAAAGUUCAGCUUGGUGGAACUUGUUCAUCAUUUCUUUGCUGAAACCAAAGAAGCAGGAAUCUGCAGCUUUGAAGACGUCCGGGUUAUUUUUAUCCUUGAUGGUCUGGAUGAGUGUCGACUUCCUCUGGACUUCCACAAAUCUGAAAUCCUAACUGACCCUACACUAUCCAACUCAGUGGACGUGCUAUUGAUAAACCUCAUCAGGGGGAAUCUUCUUCCCUCUGCUCGCCUCUGGAUAACCACACGACCUGCAGCAGCCCAUCAGAUCCCUCACUGUUGUUUUGACAUGGUGACAGAGAUCAGGGGGUUCAAUGACUCACAGAAAGAGGAAUACUUCAGGAAGAGAUCUGGAAGAUCAGGAAGAGAUGAACAGCAGGCCAGCAAGAUAUUCUCCCACAUCAAGUCAUCGCGAAGCCUCUACAUCAUGUGCCACAUCCCAGUCUUUUGCUGGAUCACUGCUACAGUUCUGGAAGAUGUGCUGAAAACCAAAGAGAAAGGACCCCUGCCCAAGAACCUGACUGAGAUGUACAUCCACUUCCUGGUGGUUCAGGCCAAAGUGAAGAAGGUCAAGUAUGAUGGAGGAUCUGAGACAGAUCCACACUGGAGCCCAGAGAGCAGGAAGAUGAUUGAGUCUCUGGGGAAACUGGCUUUUGAUCAGCUGCAGAAAGGAAACCUAAUCUUCUAUGAAUCAGACCUGACAGAAUGUGGCAUCGAUAUCACAGCAGCCUCAGUGUACUCAGGAGUGUUCACACAGAUCUUUAGAGAGGAGAGAAGACUGUACCAGGAGAAGGUGUUCUGCUUUGUUCAUCUAAGUGUUCAAGAGUUUCUGGCUGCUCUUCAUGUCCAUCUGACCUUCAUCAACUCUGGAGUCAAUCUGCUGGAAGAGCAACAAAAAACAUCCCAUCAAUCUGAAACAGAUAAACAUUUCUACGAGACUGCUGUGGACAAAGCCUUACAGAGUCCAAAUGGACACUUGGACUUGUUCCUUCGUUUCUUCCUGGGUCUUUUACUUGAGACCAAUCAGACUCUCCUACAAGGCUUGCUUACACAGAGAGGAGGAAGCUCACAGAUCAAUAAGGAAACAGUUCAGUACAUCAAGAAGAUGAUCAGUGAGAAUCUGUCUGCAGAGAAUAACAUUAACCUUUUCCACUGUCUCAAUGAACUGAAUGAUCAUUCCCUUGAAGAGGAGAUCCAAAAGUCCCUGAGAUCAGGACAUCUCUCUGCAGAAAAACUGUCUCUUGCUCACUGGUCAGCUCUGGUCUUCAUUGUAUUGUCAUCAGAAAAAGAUCUGGAUGUGUUUGACCUGAAGAAAUACUCUGCUUCAGAGGAGGCUCUUCUGAGGUUGCAGCCAGUGGUCAAAGCUUCCAGCAAAGCUCUACUGAGUGGCUGUAACCUCUCACAGAGAAGCUGUGAAGCUCUGUCCUCACUUCUCAGAUCCUCAUCCUUUAGUCUGAGAGAGCUCGACCUGAGUAACAACAACCUGAGGGAUUCAGGAGUGAAGCUUUUGUCUGUUGGCUUCAAGAGUGCACACUGUAAACUGGAAACUAUCAGUCUUUCAGGCUGUCUGAUCACAGAGGAAGGCUGUGCUUCUAUAGCUUUAGCCCUGAGCUCCAACCCCUCAAAUCUGAGAGAGCUGGACCUGAGCUACAAUCAUCCUGGAGACUCUGGAAUAAAGUGUCUUAAGGAUCUACACUUGAGACCUGACACUCUCAGGGUGGAGCCUGCUGGAGAACAAUGGUUGACACCAGGUCUGAGGAAGUAUUCCUGUGAACUCACAAUUGACACAGACACACUAAACACAAACCUCAAGCUGUCUGGCAACAACAGGAAGGUGACACGUGUGGAGGAGGUUCAGUCAUAUCCUGAUCAUCCAGACAGAUUUGAUUACCAGUAUCCUCAGCUGUUAUGUAAAAAUGGCCUUACUGGUCGCUGUUACUGGGAGGUCGAGUGGAAAUUAGAGGUUCAAAUAUCACUGAGUUACAGAAGAAUCAAAAGGAAAGGAGACGGUAAAGACUGUGUGUUUGGAAGGAAUGAUCAGUCUUGGAGCCUGUUCUGCUCUGAAGUUAAGGGUUACUCUGUCGUUCACGGUAACAGAGAAACAUAUCUGUACCCCCGCUCCUCCUCCUCCUCUGUCUCUAACAGAGUAGCAGUGUAUGUGGACUGUCCUGCUUGCACUCUGUCCUUCUACAAAGUCUCCUCUGACACUCUGAUCCACCUCCACACCUUCAACACCACAUUCACUGAACCUCUGUAUCCUGCAUUUACAGUCUGGUUUCCUGGUUCUUCAGUGUGUCUGUGCUGAGUUGAGUGUGAAGAGUGCCCUCCUGUUAGAGAAACACUCUGACUGUUGAACAGAUAGUUCAGUCUGUGUAUGUUUGUCUCUUUCACUCAGAAACACAUUUUCAGAUUCAUGGACUCAAUCAGUUGUUGUUUUAAACUGUUCUAAAUGAUUCCUUGCAAUCGUCUUCCUCUUCAGUGCUUGAAAGAUGGAAGCUACGAUUAUUCCAGGAUCCACAUGUUGUUUUCUGUUUUUUAAAGUUCAUGGUGAAUAUUUGUGUGGUGUUUUUCUCUGAAGCUAAAUUCAUCUGAGACACUUCAGUUCAUGUCAGGGGCACUUAGAUGACAACAGAUGAAUUUACAAACUGUUCAGAGACAUUUACACAUUAUUAUUAGAUACAUGUUUGGGUAGCAGCCACGAUUCACUGUGAAUUUUACUUUUGCUGUUAGAAUAUGGAAAUGUUGGCUGGACAUUAGCUUGCCUAUAGUUGCUUAGAUGAUCCAUUAGAAAACAGUUAUAAGUGUAGUUCCCAACACUGUACAAUGCCGAAUCAUUAUUUUCUACUUUAUUCUAAACUAAAACUGAGUCUGACUAGCCAGCAUAUUACAUUGAGACUCUCCAGUCUGAUCAGCAGAGAAAAGAGAUAUCUUGUACAUGGUCAAAAUAUAAAUUUUUGUUUUCAUGUUUAGGGCAGCACGGUGGCACGGUGGU